AUGAUGUCAUCAGAAGAGGCCCCGGCCGAAAGUAUUAAGACGGCUGAUGUUGCUGACGUGGAGAUGGGCGAAGCUGCUGUCGAAGCAACACCAGAAGCGAUAGCUGCAGGCGACGACAACAGCGGGACGACAGAAAGCGCAGCAUUGGUAGUCGGCACAUCAAAUGUUGAAGGUAGCGAGGAGACAGAGAAGGCGGAGGCGAAGCGCACGAGUUUUACGACAUAUCUGAGGAGCCCAGUGGUGACGUUGCGCGUGGGCGAAGAUGAGAAAGGGGCCUCGUUGACGGCGCAUCAGGCGCUGCUGGUGCAGAGCCCCUAUUUUGCGCAACUGUGCGCUGCCUUUACAGACGACGGCAGUCCGCGCACCAUUGACCUAGCCGACCAGAACGUAGACGCAGUCGGCUGCUUCCUCGAAUACCUUUACACGAGCGAUUACUUUCCACGCAAGGUGCCCGGACAUGCGCACCAGCUGGAGACUGACCCAGAUCUGCCUGACGUGGACGAGACGGGCGAGCAGCUGCUCAAGCACGCGCGUGUAUAUACAUUGGCCAGCUGGCUGGAGAUGCCGGCGUUGCAGGCGUUGGCGUCGAGCAAGAUCCACUGUGUCAACAGCACGGCCAAGGGCGAGAUCGCUUAUGCGCGGUAUGUAUACGAGUAUACGGCGGCGGACGACAAGGCGGUGCGCAGCCCGGUGGCCAAGUUUUGGGCAACACGCAGCCACACGCUGCGGGCGGAGGCCGAGAAGGAGUUCCAGGCGCUUUGUCUGGAGUUCCCGCAGUUUGCCUACGAUGUGCUCACUCGCGUGCUGGACGAGAAGCUCAAGCGAGAGCGCGACGACAGGCCGCACUCGGUGGUGGGAAGCGCACGAAAACGGGCCCGAAACAGUGCGGUGUAG